UUGAUCGGCCUUUGAAUGAGAUUUGUUGUUUUAAAUUACCAAGUAGUAGAAUGAGUUGAUAUUCUUGCUACCCCGGUUUUCAAAAAUCCAGGCAUAUUUAUUUCACACAUUAUAUUCCACUUUCCUGCUCUCCGUGAUUUACUAACCCACCAUCUUUUCCUACAAAUUACCAUUUCACAGUUGUGGGCUUUAAUUUGUACCCUAGACCACACUCGUACCCAGUCGCUAUUUAAGUGUUUUUGGGGGUGAGAGAAGAUUGGGGAUUACGUUGAGGCGCGCUCGGGGUCUCAUGGGAAGGGAAGAAGGAAAAAUAGCGACUGGCAGAUUUCGUUUCACGCGAUGUAAAUAAUGCCUUAAAUGAAGGGAAAUUAGCUUGCCAACACCGUAGUUGUACCGUAAAUAAUAUCUUCGCAGCAACGUCAGAGUACCCGACCGCAAACUUCCGUGUCAAGUUUAGCGAUAGUUAUCUUCUAUAAAACUGACGGUAUUUUUAAAUCAUAUGGUGUAUGGUUCGGUCGCCCGGGUUUCUCUUUGGAUGCCGCACGCGUUUAUUCAAACAAGCUUCAUGGCGAGGAAGCAAGGGCCAUCCUGGAACACAUUUAUCACCACAGUGUCAUGAAGGUAGAAAUUCAAGUAAUAAUGCCGUCCUAUAUUGAUCUGGUUGAUCCUACAAUUCUAUAAAACUUGUCUGUUAAUAAGGCUAUUAUCAUUUUUAUUUUCUGUUAAAUAAAAGUAUGGUCGACCCAUCGUUUGUGGAAAUGACUUCCAUUAACCAACCAUUAAUUAAAUAUACAGAUCAAAAUUAUAGCGGAGACACUGAGGAAAGCUGCAAAGGUUAUGAGGUCUUGUUUCCUUUUCUUAAGCUUGUGCUAGUUUCUUUUUUUGUAGUUCAGCAGAAUUCAGCAGAGACAGAGUAUUCCAAAAAGUCAUCUUGAGGUUCAGUAAAUGAAUACAUGUCAAGAGACAUCAAACUCAUAUUUUUACUACGCUAGGCUGAAUAGUAAAAGAAAGGAAAAGGGUUUGUCAUUUUUUUUAAUAGAAACUUCUCAUGACAAGUUUAAUGACCACACAACAGUUUAAUUACCAAAACAGUAGUUCAUAAACAACUGACAAACCCAAGGAUCAAGAGUAAAAUUAUUCCAUUUUUUGCCUUCUGGGAAAAGUGGAAUAGGGAGUAAAGGCGAGCCUAACUUAAAUUUCUAGCUGUAUGUAAACUACACAAAACUACUUCAUACAUUAUCCAUUGUUAAACAUUGGGCUUUGCAACAAUGGCAUCGGGACAUUAUAAAUGCAGCCAUUUCAUCACCAUUGGUUACUCUUCAUGAUAGUCCAUGUUCGUGAUUAAAGCCUCUCAUUUAUUAUUUCUUACAUCUCUUGCUUGGUUUUAAAUAGAAUUGGUUUUGGGCUCGCAGUUUUUAAUUACUUUUCAAAAUUUCAAUAUUAAUUAUUGUACAUAUUUUCCACUUGUUGAAGUAUUUAUGACUUUAUUAGCUGUUUAACCCUUCAGUGGGAGACAUAGCUACUGUUUAAGGUUUUCUCGUCACUACUUGUAGUCUUUUGUAUAAUUUGGCCCAAGUAUUAACGUAAAAGUACCUAAAUAAUUAAAAUCAUUGUUCUUUUUCAUGAUCUUUUUUUGGUCUGGCAUGUUCCUAUUUCCCUGUAAAUGGCCAUUUAGAAGAAUUUUUAGGGAGUGUUCCAAGGUUAUUUUUUGCUAACCUAGUUUUAGAUGAAAGGGGUUGGGUGUUUUGCUGCUUAUUAAUAGUUUAAAAUUUUUCAAGAAAAUGAAAAUUUUCACGUUGAAUAAAUUAUUUUGUAGCUUGACUUGGUCAGCCAAGCAGUCUUACCUGUAGCUGGGCAGCCACCCGCUUGGGUGACAUUUUUUUUUUUCGUUUCCUCUGUCUCUUUCUUGAGGGCCAUUUAAUUGGAUAUUAACUUACCCCCCCACCAUUUCCUGAAAAAUUCAGCUUGCUUUCUCUUCAGUCUCUAUAGGAAUCAAAUCACCUCUCACUUCCAACAUUUUUUCUUGCGAUAACUGAAAAUGUGGAGGACCCCAACCAGUUUUUUUGUAAUUUUUUUAUGACCACUGAUGUAAUUUAUUAUUCAUUCAAAAUAUUUGCCCGAUUCUGAUUGGCUAAAAGCACACACAUAGUUUGAAGGAAUUUUGCGUUAAAUGAACUGAUGGCGUCAAAAGUGCAGUGUUCUUGCAGGUUAAGGCACCGUUACCGAGAAAACCUGGGGAUGAGGUUGAGUUGUUUUAAUUGUGAAAACAACAAUGGCGAAACAUUCUGCGUAACAUUUUACUCGUUUCACGACGAUUUAUUGUCUAAAAACAUAGCAAGAAGACAACUCGACGGACAAAAUCUGCUAUUUGGAGCUAUUUGGAGUAUAUUUUGGAGACCUGAACAACCCUUUCUUUUCAUCGAAGAAGGUAAACAUGUUUUAGCUUGUUUUUAAACUAGGAAUUAUUUUGAAUGAAUUAUAAAGCAAUUAAUGAAUUUGGCUUUCGUAGGAUAUGAAGAAUUAGACAGCCUACUCAGCCUCCUCAUUAAUUGGUAAAAAAAAAUGAUGAGCUCAUCCGUAACAAACAAUAAGCAUUCCAUGCUGACAAAAUUUGAAAGUCUUGUUUCAUCAGGAGCUCAGAAGGUAAGCAAGGAAAUAGGUCAAGGGGUGGGGAGGGGGAAUAUAGAAUUAUUAUGGAGGGAAGAAAAAAGGAGAGGCACAUAAAAUAACUAGACCUAUUUCCACACGUUUCAAUGCCAUUGAUGGUACUUGCCUGGCCUCUCAUGACCAACGUAAAAUACAAGGGCAACUUUAUAAAAGGGUUAGGAAAGAAAUAAUGUGAUAUUACUUUCAUCAUUUACUUAGAGAGGGGAUUUAUUUAUAAGGCUUUAUGAAUUAGCUGCUACUUUUGUAAGAAACAAUGUUUUCUACUACAACAGUCAGGAGGAGAAAUAGUAGUAAGAAAAGUUUAAAACUGCUAAAAGAAUUAACUCAGGAUGAAGAACUUGUUUUACCUGAGAGUGAUAAGAACCUGGGUUGAUCUCUAAACACACCCUUCUGGCUUCUAUCAGAGGGUAGGCAAACUGGAAGAUGUUAAAAUUAUUAGACAGAAUGGUAGGUUCUCUUCACAGGUUUUUUUUUUAGAAAGUAUAAAAGAUUAUUACAAAAGCUUCAACUUAGGAAACAAUACACAACACUAUGUUUUACCAAGCCUUAAAUCUUCUACGAAUAAAAGGUAAGAGAUAACUAAGGAAUUUUAAAAAAUGUUAACAGGUAGGCUUACUGUAACUGGAUAACUGGUUGUGUACCAUUUUUUUUUGUCUUCUGAGUUCUUAAAAAGAGGAGAUUUAGGUCAAUUUUGAACAGAUCUUAGUGAGAAUGGUUUACCUUAAAGUCUAUUUUAGGAAACAGUUAUGAACCAGUGGGGGAGAUAAAGGGAACUGAUACCAGCUCUUGACGGUCAUAAACUUUGUUUCAAUUUAUUUCAAUAGUUGAAGAUGCUUAAUUAUAACGCAUCGAGGGAGCGUAAGCUUUAAUACAUAGUAUCAGUGAUAAUGUAGAAGUAAACCUGAUAGGGAGCUGCAAUGACUGAAAUUACUUUAAUGUGGGUAUUCUGAAAACAAAUACUGAAGGUAUUCCAUCUCCUUCGUUUGGUAUCUCGAGUAACUAUUUUUUUUUCCCGUUAGCAGAAAAGAUGAAAGUGCUGGCACAUUUCCACUCUAGCAGACAGUUGAUAGUAUAAAUUUCCUAAUGCAAAAAUAUUCCUCUUCUUAACAUAUUCUUAAAAACAUUCGACAGCUUAUAUUAUACAGUGCAAUAGGAAUGCAUUGGUGGGUAAAUAAUGAGAUGGUUGAAUGUUUUUUUUUUUUUUUAACAGCUUGAUGCACUGAACACAUGCUAUUAUGAAAAUUGUACUGACUCUUUACAGAAUCGUUGACGUCGUUGUGAUCUUGAAAAUCGAGCGUCUUUCUGCUAAGAAUUUUUUCUUGGCUUAGGUGCAGCUUUCGACGAGGGAGUCAAGUCGUGUUUACAUGUACCAUGUUUCAAAAAUGUUUCCUUGACGUCUGAAAAAAUAGAAACCCUCCUUGCUGUUGUUGUUUUUUGGUUUCACUGGCGCACUGGUUUUUGGUUUCACUGCUAGCUGUUUUUAUUGUUAAUAAUAAAUAAAUAAACGUCACAAAGGAUACCGAGCAAAAAAAAAUUACCAGAAAAGUGCCGUUACCUUUAAAAAAAAGACCUGCACGUCUCUAUGAACAUUACCGACCUUAAGUUAGGGUGGACGGUAAGGUGGAGGACGGCAACCGGAAAUAAAAGUUGCCCGAUUUGGGGCUAAUUAGCAUAUAUCUCAGCCGUGAGAAAGCUGAGUGCGGCGGUGUCUCGAGAACGUGAGUUUUUUAUUUGUGUUUUCGUCUUCAAAACAUCUUUAUUUUAACAGAAUACCGCUUUAAUCUGUUUCUGGAGUGUCUAGUUUUCUUCAAAGGGUAAACCUUUUUUAAUUACUUACUUAAACACUAUUUUAUGAUUGGAUAUAACAUGAGCUUGUGCAGCAAGUGGUACAACUGCAGGAUUAGAAUUCCCAGUGAUAAAAUAAUCACAUUCAAGUAUUCUAUCACCAUCUGAACAUCGGCUUUUACCCUUUUCAUCAUUCACGAAGUUUUUAGUUUACUUUUUCCGCUUAAGUUGUAGGCCAAAAUGAAAUUACGUGUUAAUUGGUCGGUAUUUGCACGUCCCUAGCGAACGAAAUCUGCCAGUCGCUAUUUUUCCUUCGUCCCUUCCCAUGAGACCAACCCGCGCACCCCAAACUAACCCCCAAUCUUCUCUCACCCCCAAAACACAUAAAUAGUGACUGGGUACAAGUCUGACCCUAGACUUGGAAUGAGUGUGAGGCUGAGGAUACAUGAAAACCUCCCUUUUUUCUUAUGUAAAUUAUGUUUGAAAAAUUAUUAUACUAGUUAGCAUAAGAAAACAAGAUUUAGAUAAAGGAGCAGAAAUCUUAUAGUUACAACAAAACAAGGUCCACUCCAGCCUCGUUUCCAUCCAUAACUGUAAAAUGGUCUAUUGAACUCGACUGAGCUACAAUGGAUCUCUAAUUGUUUGUGUUUUGUUUUUUGUCUCUUCAGGGUCUUCUGGUUCGUAUCAAUAUUCGACAAAUACCUUCUUAUACUCACUGAAAAACUACUACGGUUACGGAUAUUUUAAAAAGGACAUAACCCAGGACUAUCAUACAGCCGCGUACAGCCGCUAUGACUAUUUUCCAACUUUUGGGCACCAUGAUAUCUACAUUGCAGACAAUGCAGGAUACAAUACUAAUUCUCGCUUCGCUCUUUGUCAGGCGUACCGCGGUUCCUAUUGUGACAAUUCUCAAUGGGUUGGAACACGAUAUUUUUCUCCAAAUGAGUUGGAGGUUUAUUACGAAGUCCUUGCUUGA